UACCCCAGUACCCCAGCCUCGUGAACUGCGUCUCCUUUGCCAUUUACCACUUUUCCCCCAAUUCUCCUCAGGCCAUGGCUGCCAGUACCUCCACCUCUUCAUCUUCUUCCUCCCAUCCAAGCUGGACCUAUGACGCCUUCUUGAGUUUUAGAGGCGAAGACACGCGCAAGAACUUCACCGACCAUCUCUAUUUUGCUCUAAGAGAUGCUGGAAUCAACACCUUCAGAGAUGACAACGAGCUUCGAAGAGGAGAGGAUAUUACAUCCGAACUGUUGUCGGCAAUACAAAGGUUCAAAAUCUCUAUCAUUGUCUUCUCCAGAAACUACGCGGCCUCUAGGUGGUGCUUGGAGGAACUUGUGAAGAUCAUGGAGUGCCGAAGAACAGUGAGGCAGCUGGUUCUACCUAUCUUCUAUGAUGUUGAACCGUCGGAUGUGCGCAACCAAACGGGUAGUUUUGCUGAAGCAUUUUUGAAACAUGAAGAGCGUUACUUGUUGGACAUAGACAAGGUACUGAGGUGGAGAAGAGCUCUGAUUGAAGCUGCUAAUUUGUCUGGGUGGGAUCUAACAAACACUGUGGACGGGCAUGAGGCCAAAUUUAUUAGGAAAAUUGUUGAAGCGGUUUUAAGGGAAGUCAACAGCACGUAUUUAUAUGUUACACUCUAUCCAGUUGGAAUAGAUUCUCGCCUGCAAGCCAUCACUUCAUUGUUAAGGGUUGGAGCCAAUGAUGUCCGCAUGGUAGGAAUUUGGGGAACGGGUGGAAUGGGGAAAACAACCAUUUCUAAAGCCAUAUACAACCAAUUUUUUCAUAGUUUUGAAGGUAAAAGUUUUCUUGCAAAUAUAAGAGAAACUUCUAAGCAACUUGAUGGUCAGGUUCGAUUACAGGAGCAACUUCUUUCUGAUAUCUUGAAGACAGGCAAGAUAAAGGUGAAUAAUGCUGAUAGAGGAAUUACUAUGAUAAAAGAAAGACUUCGUGAUAGAAGGGUACUUGUUAUACUUGAUGAUGUAGACCGGUUGGAGCAACUCAAUGCCAUAGCUAGAAGUCGUGACUGGUUUGGCCCAGGAAGUAGGAUUAUUAUAACAACUAGAGAUGAGCAAUUGCUAAAGGUGCUUGAAGUGGAUGAAGUGUAUACAGCCCAAGAAAUGAGUGAAAAUGAAUCUCUGGAGCUGUUUAGUUGGCAUGCCUUUAAGAAUAGUUAUCCCACCGAAGAUUAUAUGGACUUGUCAAGAAGUGUCAUUGCUUAUUCUGGAGGAUUACCACUAGCUCUUGAAGUUUUGGGUUCUUUUCUAUUCUCUAGGAGCAGGAAAGAAUGGAAAAGUGCAUUGGAGAAAUUGAAAAGGAUCCCUAAUGAUGAAGUUCAAACAAAACUUAGAAUAAGCUUUGAUGCAUUAAAUGAUAGUACCCAAAAGGAUAUAUUCCUUGAUAUAUCGUGUUUUUUUAUUGGAAUGGACAAAGACUAUGUUAUACAAAUAUUGGAUGCCUGUAACUUUUUCGCAGAGAUUGGAAUUAGUGUCCUCAUUCAGCGGUGUCUUCUUUCAGUUGGUGAGAGAAACAAACUCAUAAUGCAUGAUUUGCUUCGAGACAUGGGAAGAGAAAUUGUUCGUGAAGAAUCCCCCGACAUACAAGGAAAGCGUAGUAGAUUAUGGUUGCAUGAGGAUGCAAUUGACAUAUUUGCAAAGCAAGAGGGAACAAAAGCAGUUGAAGGACUUACUUUAAAAUUGUCAAGAUUACAUACGGUGACUUUUAGUACAAGAACAUUUAUAAAGAUGCAGAGACUGAGAUUACUCCACCUUGAUUAUGUACAUCUUACUGGAGAUUAUGAACAUCUUUCCAAAGAUUUAAGGUGGCUCCGUUGGCAUGGAUUCCCUCUAAAGCUAUUUCCUAACAACUUUUACUCAAGAAACCUAGUUGCGAUUGACUUGCGAUAUAGCAACCUCACACAAAUUUGGAAAAAAUCCAAGGAAUUGUUUGAGAAGUUGAAAUUCCUAAAUCUCAGUCAUUCUCAUUACUUGUCUCAGACUCCCAACUUUGCAAGACUCCCUAAUCUUGAGAAACUAAUACUCAAAGAUUGUAGGAAUUUGUUUGAGGUUCACCAAUCUAUUGGAGAUCUUAAUAAUCUUGUUUUGGUUAAUUUGAAAGAUUGUAGAAGUCUUCAAAGUCUGCCAAUGAGUUUCUAUAGGUUGAAGUCUCUUCAAACUCUCAUUCUUUCUGGUUGUUCUAGACUUGACUAUUUGGCUGAGGAGUUGGGGGAGAUGGAAUCUUUGACAACAUUACUUGCAGAUAACACUGCCAUAAGACAAGUGCCAUGUACCAUAGUACAACUAAAGAACCUCAAAUGCUUGUCACUGUGUGGGUGUAAAGGAUCACCAUCUAAGUCACUCUCGUCACAUUUUUGGUCUUGGAUAUUCCCAAGGAAAAGUCCCAAGUCAGUCAAUCUAUUGCCUGCUUCACUACAAGGAUUGAACUCGCUAACAGAUUUAAAUCUCAGUCAUUGCAAUUUAUCAGAUGAUGCAAUUCCUAAAGAUCUUGGGAGUUUAUGUGCCCUUCAAUCUUUAGAUCUACAAAACAAUCAUUUUCAUAGCCUGCCAUCGAGCCUUGGUGGUCUUUCGAAGCUUCAAGCUCUCCAUUUGAAUUAUUGCACAAAGCUUCAAUCAAUUCCAGAUUUACCACCAAAUUUGAAGGAGAUGUGGGCGCAACACUGCACGGCGUUGGAAAGAAUGCCAAAUGUAUCAAAUAACUUACAUUUGGAAGAUUUGUACCUCGGUAACUGCAAUAAAUUAGCCGAAAUUCCAGGCUUGGAUAAGCAGUUAAAGCACAUUGACGCCAUUAACCUGGAGAAGUGCAGCAAUUUAACAAAUAAUUUUAAAAAAGGCAUCCUACAGGAAUGGCCUUUGAGUGGAUUUCAUAGUGUGUUUGGCAUUUUUCUCCCUGGCAAUGAUAUACCUGAUUGGUUUACGUAUAAAGAUGAGGGACCCUCCGUAUGUUUUGAAGUGCCUCGCAUCAAUGAUCGUAAUAUGGAUGGGUUCACUGUAUGCAUUGUUUAUUCAUCCAAGAUAGGGUAUACUCCUGAUCUUCCUACCAUUUCUGUAAUCAAUAAAACCAAGAGUACCGUUGAGCAAAAUGAAAGGCCAUAUAGCAUUAAUCUGGAAAUGUCUUAUGAAGAUCACAUUUGGCAAUUCAAUUUUCCUAACAGUAAGUCCAAAUUGGAGGCCGGUGAUGAAGUAGAGGUUAUUGCAGAUUUUGGGUCAGGAAUUGAUGUUAAGAAGAUAGGGGUUUGCCUAGUAUACAAAAGUAAUAUUGAUGGAUUUGAUGGAAAAAUGAUUCAUUAUGCCUCUACAUCGAAUAAGGACGCAAUUGUUUUCAGUGACGAUGGAGAUGCGUCCAUAGAUCAGGUUGUGAUCGAGUCUAAAAUGGGCCUUGGUGAUGAUGAAGUAGAAUCAAGCCAUGGUUGCUUUGACGAUGAACGAGGUGCUAAAAGAUUGAGGUGUGACCAUAAUACUGAUGAUAAAGCAGAAUCAAGCCAUGGUUGCUUUGACAACCAUCGAGAGGCUAAAAGAUUGAGGUAUGAUCAUAGUGCUGAAAUGAGGAUAGAUGACGAUUGAACAAAGAAAGCUCAUAUCACAAUAAUGAAGCAACAUCUGGGGAGCUCAUGUGCCAUUGUGGAGUACCUGCAUGUUUGAAGAUUUGCUCUACAAAGGAAAAUUAUGGACGGAAGUUUUACUGUUGUGUUAAUUAUGGUGCAUUUAAUGGUGAAAAUGUGUACUAAAAACGGCCAUGAAGAUUUGUAUUAGUUUUUUUUUUUUUUUUUUUUUUUUUUUUUUAUGAAUGUUGAAGUUGUGCUGAAAAUGUGUACUAUAAACGUUGAAUUUUUAAUGUAAAUGUUUAAUUUCGAAAUGUGUA